GUUUGUUUGUUUGUUUCGUGACCCCUAAACCCAGUGUGGGGGUUAGGUCUCAAGGGGACGGGGAUUUGAACGUCAAAAGUGGCGAUCGGGUGCAACUUGAUUUUUCAGUAGCGUCGGAGGAUGGAGCGGAAGUUCUUUACCCGCCAUCUUUCUUCCUGGCAACGCCGUCCUCGUAGUUUUGUGUAGCGGGUUGAGGGAGUCCCGGGUCGCUUGCUGCAGUGCUAUGACUGCUAAAUCCAGGAGCCCGGGGAGGCCGCGGGGAGCCCGGAGUGCAGCCAUGGAGUCUGUGUCCUUUGAGGAUGUGGCUGUGAACUUCACCCCAGAGGAAUGGGCUUUGCUGAAUUCUUCCCAAAAGAGGCUGCACAAAGACGUGAUGCAGGAGACCUUCAGGAACCUGGCUGCCAUAGCAAAAAAACAAGAAGACUGGACCCUUGAAGGUGACGAUGAAAAUGUGAGGACAAUUCUUCCCCUUGCAAUUCAGACUGGAUACAAACUAUGUGAGCAUCAAGACUCUUCAGAGAAACCACGCACGUGUGAGCAGUGUGGGCAAGUCCUCAGCUCUCCCCAGUGCUUUCGGGAACAUAUGAGGACUCACACUGAAGAGGAAACUUAUGGAUGUGAGCAAACUGAGGAAGGUUUUAGUAGACACAGUUAUGUUCAAAUACGUGAAAGAAUGCAUACUUCAGAAAAGCCUUGUGUUUUAAAGCAGAGUGGGAAAGACUUUUUGACUCUUGCUGGUAUUCAACAGCCCAUAAUAACACAUAAUGGAAAUGGGCCAUAUAUAUGUAAAGUAUGUGAUAAAGCCUUUCAUUCUUCCAGUUCUUUCUUUACACACAAAAAAACUCACACUGGAGAACAGCUUUAUAUAUGUAAUCAGUGUGGCAAAACCUUCACCUAUUCCAGUGGCCUUCGCCGCCAUGAAAGGACCCAUAGUGGAGAGAAACCCUACAAAUGCAAGCAAUUUCUGAAGGUCUUUCCUUCUUUGAGUAAGGUUGAGAGUCAUGAGCAAACUCACAAUGGAAUAAAACACAUGUGGAGUCACUGUGGGAAAGCCUUCAGUGACCACAGCUCGCUUCAGUCCCACGGGAAGAGCCACAGCUCAGAGAAACCGUAUGUGUACAGGCAGUGUGGGAAAGCCUUCGCUUGUUCCAGUGCCUUGAGAAGACACGAGCGGAUUCACACUGGUGUGAAGCCCUAUGAGUGCAAGGCGUGUGGGAAGGCCUUCAUUGACUGCAGCUCUCUGCAGUGUCAUGAGCGCAUCCACAGUGGAGAGAAACCUUAUACAUGUCAACUGUGUGGAAAAGCAUUCAGCCGUCAAGGGUCUCUUAAAUGCCAUGAGCGGAUCCACAGCGGGGAGAAGCCCUAUGCAUGUAAGCAGUGUGGGAAGCGCUUCAUGCAUCACAAUGCCCUUAGAUACCACGAGCAGAUUCACAGUGGACAGAAGUCCCACGGGUGUAAGCAGUGUGGGAAAGCCUUUGUGCUGAGCAGCGCACUGAAAAAACAUGAGCGAAUUCACAGCGGGUUGAAACCCUGUCUGUGCAGGAUAUGUGGGAAAGCCUUUACGUUUCACAGCUCCCUCCACUGCCACGAGAGGACGCACACUGGGGAGAAGCCCUAUGUCUGUAAACAGUGUGGCAAAGCCUUUAUGUAUCACAGUUCUCUGCGUUGCCAUGAAAAUAUUCACAGUGCAGAGAAACCCUAUGUGUGUAAGCUCUGUGGAACGGCCUUCACUUACCACAGUUCUCUUCAGCGCCAUGAGAGGAUCCACAGAGGGGAGAAGCCCUAUGUGUGCACGUUCUGUGGGAAAGCCUUCACUGACCACAGCUCCCUGCGAUGCCAUGAGAGAAUCCACACCGGGGAGAAGCCCUAUGUGUGUAAACAGUGUGGGAAAUCCUACAGCACGCACGGCUCCCUCCGCUACCAUGAGAGGGUGCACUGUGUAUAAGCUGGCUAGGAAGACUUUCUCCUCUUUAAAUAAGUUGGAAUCUCACAAUUCAAAGCGGGGAAAACAUUUGUUAGUAAGCAAUGUGGAUAAGCCUUACCGUGUUCUGGUUCCCUUAAGAAAGCAUGAAUGGAGACGAUCUCUAAAUAUAGAAUAAAGAAAAAGCUCCAUUAUGACAAGAACUUUCUAGCAAGCGUGAUGGCGUACUGAAUUUAACUUGUAUCUGUGUAAAGAAUGUGGGUUGCUU